ACUUAUAUAGGCUCUCCUGAAGGAUACGUUCGAAGUGGCGCGUUUUCAUCGCGAGUUGCCCUCGACAGAGAACGCAUUUCGCGUUGCGGAUCAGUUUUCAAAGUUUUUCAAUUUUUGGGCGACGAGAAACUUCGGAUGGAUUUUGCGGUUUGAAAGUUUCGACAGCCAUCGGGUUCAUUUUCGAGAGAUGAUGGACUAAAAUGUACCCGGACAAUGGACCAGUUCAUGAUAAUGGAAAAUAACACCGUUCGUCUCGGCGGGAGUGAUAUGAACUUGGAAGAUUACGCGAUCAUCAGCAAUGACACAUACGUGGAAAGAGAUCUAUCGGACAAGGAUACGGUGACGAUGAUGUCCAUCCUCCUAGUGGGAGUCUUCUUGUCGCUGUUAAUCUUCCUAUCAGUGGCAGGCAACAUCCUAGUAUGCAUAGCGAUCUACACGGACCGCGGACUGCGAAGAAUAGGAAACUUAUUUCUGGCAUCCCUCGCCAUUGCCGACCUUUUCGUAGCCUCGUUGGUUAUGACUUUCGCCGGCGUCAACGACCUGCUCGGCUAUUGGAUAUUCGGCACGAAAUUUUGCGACACUUGGAUCGCCUUCGACGUCAUGUGUUCCACCGCCAGCAUUUUAAAUCUCUGCGCCAUAUCGUUAGACAGAUACAUACAUAUCAAAGAUCCGUUAAGAUAUGGAAGAUGGGUGACCAGACGCGUCGCUCUAGCUACCAUAGCCGCAAUAUGGCUUCUCGCCGGACUCAUUUCUUUCGUUCCUAUUAUGCUCGGGCUGCACCGACCGCCCCAGCCCUUCGUCAUCAAUUCGGGGGGCCAAAACUACCCCACCUGUGCCCUCGACCUCACUCCCACUUAUGCGGUCGUCUCUAGUUGCAUCUCCUUCUACGUGCCGUGCAUUGUUAUGUUGGGUAUAUACUGCAGAUUAUACUGCUACGCGCAGAAACACGUGAAAAGCAUCCGGGCCAUUACAAGACCGAUAGACUUGCCCAAUUCAACGAAAAAGAAGAAGAGCGUUAAACAGAAGAACAAGGCUCUUCACAUACACCUUCACAAUCAUCAAAGUUCGCCGUAUCACGUGAGCGAUCACAAGGCGGCCAUCACAGUGGGAAUUAUAAUGGGCGUCUUCCUAAUAUGUUGGGUGCCGUUCUUCUGCAUCAACAUCGUAGCAGCGUUCUGCAAGACCUGCAUUCCGGACAUCACUUUCAAAAUCCUCACGUGGCUGGGGUACUCCAACUCCGCGUUCAAUCCUAUCAUCUACUCGAUCUUCAAUACGGAAUUUCGGGAGGCGUUCAAGCGAAUCUUGACGGCACGGUACCCGGAUUGGUGCAGAUGCGGCUACCAAUCGGUUUCUUUGAACAAUGACAACAAAUACGUGACGGAUUACGGUACCAAAACGAUCGUGGUGAACGCGAGAAGGAACGGUUCGUUUGGCGAGUUUUCUAGUGAACAUAUGAGCUGUGAAUCGGUGAGGCAAACGAGAGUGAAUUCGGCGGCCGAUGUUUUGGGAGACGACGCGAACGUCAUUUGACAGGACUACGACCAUCUUCAGGACACCAUGGUGUAGUACAUCGACCGCGGAUCCGACGCGUAUCAGCAGCAAUACAUACAGGUUAGGCUCAGAGAGGGCCGCGAAGUGGACGAAGUUGGCCUUGUAUAAACUACCUGUACAUAGAGUUUAUUUUAUACUGGGAAUCCAAUGGACGUUUAGUCGUUAGAAUUAAACGUCGAUUUUUGUAAAUACGUUUUGCGAAUAGCUGAUGCAAACAAGGGGGGAAAGCCACUGGGAUAUCGGGUUAUUAAUUUGAGGUCUCUAAAUUAAAAAAAAAAGUAUUUUCAGUAAGAUACGAAAAGUAGAAUGUAUAUCGAUCCAUAAAUAUCAAAUAGGGGGUAUUUUUUAUUUAUUUUUCUUGCUACAAUGAGAUAUCGUGACGUAUAUAAACAUAAUCUCAACAUACGAUUUCAAUGCGAAAUUUUAAAGGCAAAUCAGAAGCAACUUAAAACUUUUCAAAUCUAAUCUUUUUCAAAAACCCUCGAAUAAACAGAAAAAUGAAAAAUUUAUAUAAAUAUAUAUACACUUUCUUUCCUUUAAAUCGUUUAAAUCGAACAGAUAAAUUAUAUUUAUGCAGGGUGUUUCAAACCAAUUUUUUUUUAUCUAAAAACGAAAAGAGAUAGUGUUACUAUCAUAAAACACACAUUUUGUAUAUUUUUUCUCUAUUUUUAUAUGAUUGGAAGCUAUUGAAUUAGAGUACCCUAAUCAAUCUGCUUAACUAAAUUUAAAGAAAAACUUAAGCAAUCACAUGUAAAAAAGUAACUUUUUUGCUCCCUACAAUUUCCAAAUAAAAAAUAUAAUGAAAAGAAUUGCUUGUCGAAAAAAAAAACAUAUUUUUGAAGUCAAUUAAUUGGAUGUCAUGUCAAAGAAAAAGCUUGUAAAUAAAACAUAAAACAAAAAAUUCUUCUAUCUUUCUAUAUAACAAUCAAAAUUUAUCUUUUUGCAUGUCAUGACAUAAAAUUUGCUAUUAAAUAUAGUUAGCAAGAUUGAUUGGGGUAGUCUAAUUCAGUUCCCCUCCACGCGUUUAAAAAAAAUAAAAUUAUAUAGAGAAAGUGCGUAAUAAUACUUAUAUAUUUUAUGGUUCUAUUCUCGUGUUUAAAAAAAGACACAAAAAAACAAAAGAUAACCAAUAUCAAAUCUAAGGAAUACAUGUAAUAUGUUCAACAGAUUGAAUCAUGCUUUUAUUAUUGUUAUGUUAAUAUAAAUUUAUUUAUUUCAAUUUAUUAUACAAACUGUGAUUUUUUUGACUAUUUAUGAAAUUUUUCGAUAUUUUAUAUUGAGUGAACUUAAACAGUAAAUACCUAAUUCUAAUAACUCCCAGUUACUAACAGUAAACCCGUAACGAAUAAAAAGUCUAGUCCUUGGAUAGUUUAUCGCCAAAAGAAAUGAAAGCAAUAUACAGAUAGUAUAAAUGGAUAAUUCGUAUGGUCUGUUCAUAGAUAUAAG